GCCCAAAGUCCGCCCCACCGCGGCGGUUGCUGGCAGUAAGGAACGAGAUGAACGGAGGGGGUCCCGUGACCCUCAGCCCAAGUAAAACUGGAGAACCGCCACUGUCCGGCGGCGCUAGUAAGAAGCGAGGCUCGCUGGGGGCGUCGUCCUCACAUCCUAUAUUAAAGGAUGUUGGAGAAAUAUAUUCCAGACUUUUGGAUCACAGACCUGUUAUUCAAGGAGAAAUUCGUUAUUUCAUUAAAGAAUUUGAAGAAAAACGUGGUCUCCGAGACGUGCGGGUUCUUGAAAACUUGAAGAACACAACUUUUGAGACAAAUGACCAAACUCUGCCCAAGUGUGAACAAAUGAUGCAAGGAAACCUAAAUGAAGCUCUCGGGAGAUUACAAGUAGCCGAUGAAAUGAUCAACAGACUCCAGGGGAGAGAGCAGGAAGAAAGAAAGCUUCAGACUGAGAAGCUAAUGGUUGGUGAAACACGACGCAGAGCUCUGUGGGAGGAGUUCGUGAAGGAGCAGCAGAACGCAAAAGCAGUCGUGGACGAAGAGCACAUCAAAGCGAUGGAGCGGCUCAAAGAGCAAUAUGCCGCAAUGGAAAAGGACCUUGCUAAACACGCUCUUUAAGAAACUCUCAUGCUCAGUAAGAUUGUUCCUCAUUUGCAGUAUUGCUUUUCUUCUUAUUCCAACGUCUUCCAAUUUCAGGGUUACCAAGGAAGUACCAGAAUUCAAAUAGCAUAGUAGGCAUAAGGGGGCUCUAUAACUGCUGUAAUUGUUCUUUGGCACUGAUACUGGCGGCAUUCAGGUGACCAAGCCUUUGCUUAAUAAGCCAGGAUAUUCUCAAACUCAGUGCCAUCACACUCACUCCCUUUGGUCUCCAUCUCCUUUCAGUGGAGAAACAAACCAGGAAGCCGCAGUUAAGCAUGGCUUCCUGUUGUGUCUGAACUGAGAAACCAUGCUUAAUAGCUUCCAAAUAAGUGAGAAUUUGUAAGCCAGCUUUAACCCCAUGGACAUGGUCUAUUGUGUCCUGGCUUGUUUGGAAGCUAUUAACCAUAGUUUCCUGGUCCAGACGUAGCUUUAACUGAAGUUUCCUGGCUUGUUUCCCCACUCAUAUAAAAGGAGGAGUGAAGGGGCUCCAUACAGGUACAUGAAACAUAAACUGGAGUUACUAAACUUAGAUAGGAUUUGAUUGUCUGAGGCAAGUAUUUAUGUUAAGUGUUUUUUUAAAAUAAAAAAACAGGUCUAUGUAGGAACAUAAACAGUAUUCUCCCUUGAUAAUCUAAAUUAGUUUCUCUGUUUCUAUGUACAACCAUUCAUCUUGUAAAUGCAUCCCAUUCUUCAUGCAGGGAAGUCAAAUGAGCACUUUCACAAUUAUGCCUUGGCUUUCAGAACAAGGAUGAUGGUGAAAAUUAAAUUUGAGAAAUCCUCCAAAGCUACAGAGUUAUGGAAGUACAAUGCCCUGAGGUUUAUGGACAGACUUUUUGCUAGAAAUCUCACCACAAAGAAAUCUGAAAGAUCUCUCCAAAGAACUGAU